CUUGGAUGCAGUUGCUCGACCAUCGAAUCCCAUUCCAUGAAGCUCUCUACACACUGUUGUGCUAAUGAAGAAGGCAAGCUUGGCGGUCUUUAUCUAUUGACUCUGCAGACAGUUGGUGACUUCUGCGCACUGUGCACUUCAGCAUAUGCUAACCACGUGCUGUCAUUUUACGUGGCCUACCACUUUGUGGCUGAGUUACUGUUCCCAGUUGUUUCCACUUUGUUAUAAUACCACUAACAGUUGACCGUGGAAUGCUUAGUUGCAAGGAAAUUUCACUGAUGGACUUAUUGCACAGGUGGCAACCUAUCACUGUACCACGCUUGGAGUCACUGAGCUCCUAAGAGUGAUCCAUUUUUUUCAUAAAUGUUUGUAGAAGCAGUCUGCAUGCCAAGGUGCUUGAUUGUAUACACCUGUGGCCAU